AUCGGCGGUCACUAACUGCCCAACCAGGCCUCCGGGACCGAGAGGGUAAUGACAGAGGUUUGCACAGCAUAGGCGCUCGGGGUCGCGAGGUGGGGCCACACCGCUUGCAGCUCUUCGGCUUCGGCGGACGGAGCUGGAGCACGCGCGUGGUCGUCAUGACAACGCCGACGCUGCCGGCAGGAUGUAGGGAGCAUGGAGCUCAGCCAGAAACAGGCCGGGCCGGCGUCCGGGUCCCCACUUCCCGCUCCCUCUAGGACCCCGACUCCGGCCUGGGCUGCGGCGGACGAUAGUGUUUCAGCAUCUAUUGGUGGUCUCCAGGAAUAUUAUUAUGACCUAUGUAUGGAAAAGUCCCAGGAAAUUAAACCUUUUAUAUUGCAAAUACUCCAAGAAGUGGAUGAAGAAAUUGAAAAAGGAUCAGUAGGAAUCACAUUAAAUAUUGCUGGUAACAGUCGCUCAGUAUCAGGAGAAAGAGUAACAGGUGAAGAUUUCUGGAUCCUUUGCAGAGUUUUAAAGAAUAAUUCAUAUAUUAAUGGUUUGGAUGUUAGAUACAACCUCCUGAGUGAUGUUGGCGCGUACUAUGCUGCAAAACUGCUCCAGAAACAACAUAAUCUCAUUUACUUAAAUCUUAUGUUUAAUGACAUUGGGCCUGAAGGUGGAGAACUGAUUGCUAAAGCCCUACAUAAGAAUAGAACUCUGAAACACCUAAGAAUGACUGGAAACAAGAUUGAAAAUAAGGGUGGAAUGUUUUUUGCUGCAAUGCUACAAAUUAAUUCAUCCUUAGAGAAAUUAGAUCUGGGUGACUGUGAUCUGGGAAUGCAAAGUGUGAUAGCAUUUGCUACAGUCCUAACUCAAAACCAAACAAUUAAGGGAUUAAACCUAAAUCGACCCAUACUGUAUGGUGAACAGGAAGAGUCUACAGUUCACCUAGGCCACAUGUUGAAAGAAAAUCAGUGCCUUGUUGAAUUACACAUGUGUAAACAUGAUAUAAAAAAUUGUGGUAUGAAACAGUUAUGUGAUGCACUGCAUCUGAAUAGGAGCCUACAAUACCUUGAUGUAAGCUGCAAUAAAAUAACUCAGGAUGGAAUGAAGUGUUUGGCCGAUGUUCUGAAAAGCAAUACUACCCUGGAAGUAAUAGAUCUUUCUUUUAACAGAAUGGAAAAUGCAGGAGCAAACUAUCUCAGUGAUGCUCUUGCUUCACACAACAGGACUCUUAAAGCGUUAGUAUGGGUUUACAUUUAA